AUGCCUCUCGAUAGUCCGCCCCCCUUCCGGUAUCGCCAGCCGCUCAUGCCAUACGUUGAGGACGUCGAGAAGUACUUACCUGGCGGCUACCACCCAGUUGACCUUGGCGACACGAUCUGCGCUGGCGAGCGGGCGUACCAAGUUAUCCACAAACUUGGCUACGGGGGCUUAUCGACAGUCUGGUUGGUUCGCUCGUGUGCGCGCUCGCCGUCGUACUUUGCCUUGAAAGUUCUUCGUGCCAACCUUGGGGACAUGAAGGACGGAGAGCUGCGUAUCCUCCAGCAUCUCAGAGCGGUCGCCGGCGCUGGGCAUCCGAACGUGGUGGUCUUGCACGACUCGUUCAAAGUCUCUGGCCCCAACGGCGAGCAUCACUGCCUCGUCUUUCCUGUUCUCGGCCCAAGCCUGGACAAUGUCAAUAUAAAGAUUACGUUGCCCAGCACUACGCGACAUAAAGUGUGCCAACAAGUUGCUAGCGCCACGACAUUCCUGCAUCAUCAUGGAGUCUGUCAUGGUGACCUCACUCUAUUCAAUAUAGUAUUCGAGCUUCCAGACAUCCAGUCUUUGUCUCCAGAUCGCGUAUUUCAGCUUCUCGGCCCUAUCAAGACCGAGAACAUGCGGCCUAAUCGCCGCCAAUAUACGCCGCAUGCCCCAAGGCAGGUCGUCCAGGCGCCUGACUUCUCAGGCCUAGACUUUUCUUCGCUCACUCAGAUCCGGAUUGUGGACUUUGGACAAGCCUUCUUCGCACAGAACCCGCCACGAUGGCUGGGGGUGCCUAUCGAUUUCUUUCCUGCGGAACUCUGCUUUGGCCAUCUACCCUCCAUGAAAAGUGAUGUUUGGCAACUCGCAUGCGUUCUAUUCCAGAUUCAUACAAAGCAGCUUCUAUUUCCCACAGGCUUUCGGAUAUAUGAGAUACUAAUUAGUACCAUUACGAGCUAUCUCGGACCGAUACCCCAGCACUGGCGCGGGAAGUUUGACUUUAAUGACUACGGCUACCAUGAGCCGGGACAAGAACAGGACACUACAGACAUAGAGGCAUGGUUUGAGGAUAAGAGUAGCGAAAAGACGAUGGAGAGUCGGCUUGUCCAGAAGGCAACACAUCUAUCUACCCGUCAACGGAAAUACCUCGUUCAGCUGCUCAGCGAAAUGGUGGCAUAUGAGCCUGCGGAGCGCCUCUCGGCGGUGGAUGUGAUGCGGCGUCUAGAGUCGGCUUCAUUCUUGGAUGAAGACUCGAGGGCACCAAUCAACGACGAGUGA